AUGAGUAGAAACUUCAAUACGCCAAAGGAUUUAUCAAAAUAUUUGGAAUUCUUUGCUCGUGAAGCAAUCCGUGCACAGCCUAAAAACAUUUUGAAUUUCAACAAACUCUUUUUAGAGGAAAUAGAAAAGAAUUCAGACGGAAAUAGCAUCAAUACCAUUAUGGAAAAUCCGGAGGUUUAUCAGAAGUUCAGAGAUAAUCUUCUACAAAGGGUAGGAGCUGAUGAAGCGGAGUUGAGCUCAACAAAUGAUGAAGAUUUGGAGAACGCCAAGGUGGUUGAAGCCGCUACGAAGAUUCAAGCAAAUGUUCGUGGAUUUCUUGUGAGAAAAGCAGCGGAAAGAAGAAAGGAGAGCUUGCAAUUCUGA